UUUCAGUCAAACAUGAAAAAGAACUUACGUGUUUUGGUUGAUCUCUAUCCCUAGAACUUUAGUAUAUAUACGUAUGCUGAGAUCAAUGGAAUCAAACUUUUACGAGUCUUUAUUUAUUUGCAAGUUAAAGCCUUUUAAGAUCUAAAGUGAAAGAAACAUGAAAAGCUCCUUCACAUUCACCAUCUUCUUUUUUGUUCUUCUCCUUACCUCUUGUGUGGUGAUGAGUGCAAGGACGAAUGAAAUAAGCACAAACGAGAGAUUGAUACCUAUAACAUGCAACACCGAUCAAGAUUGUACUAAGUAUUGCAAAGGUCCCAUCCACAAGUGCAAAUAUCAUACUUGUGCAUGCGUACCCGGAAACCCUAAUUGUUGCUAGAAUAAUCUUAAAUGUUGGUUUUUAAACCUCGUUUAUCUUUUGCACUGGAGUUUCUACCCAAAAAUAAAUAAAAUUAUGUUUUUUU